GAAAUAAUCAUUGAUCGAAAAUUAUUUAUAAACGAAUUCGAAGAAGUUGAGAUUUAAUAAAUUUAAUAAAAUGGAGAAUAUAAAUCCAAUGCCCGAAUAUGAUGAUGAGCAAAAGCAAAACGAUUCGGCUUGGGAUGAGUUUGAGAGUUUUUUGAAGGAGAAGCGGAAGAAAGUGGCGCCAACAUUUUAUCCGUUGCCGCCGGAAGAUGAUUACCUGAGUAGUCUAAUGUAUGGCCAGUACAGCCGACAAUUAGGAGAAUUCGCAAAAUUAGAAGGAUUAAAACAAGCCGAAAAGAGGCGAUUAAAAGAGGAGAAGCGACGCAAAAAAGAAUUAAAGGGUUACCAAGGAAAAUUGGCGAAAACUGUUGCGUAUUUAUGGAAAAACACUUUCGCUCGAUUGGGGGAGGAUUGGGUCUUCUUGGCGCUGUUGGGAAUUGUGAUGGCCAUAAUUAGUUUUGUUAUGGAUAGAGGAAUAUCUAUGUGCAACAAAGCUAGAAUAUGGCUGUACCAAGACUUAACGGAUCACCCGGUCGUUCAAUACUUCGCCUGGGUAACACUUCCGGUUUGUUUGAUUCUAUUUAGCGCCGGUUUCGCCCAUUUAGUGGCCCCACAAUCAAUAGGUUCUGGAAUCCCAGAAAUGAAAACAAUCCUUCGCGGGGUAGCCUUAAAAGAAUAUCUAACAUUCCGAACGCUCGUUGCGAAAGUAAUCGGGCUGACUGCAACUUUAGGAAGCGGUAUGCCGCUGGGUAAGGAAGGCCCUUUUGUGCACAUUGCCAGUAUCACCGCAACACUUCUUAGCAAAUUGAUCACCGGCUUUCAAAGUAUUUAUGAAAAUGAAAGUCGAACGACUGAGAUGUUAGCGGCAGCGGCUGCUGUUGGAGUUGGAAGUUGUUUUGCGGCCCCCGUUGGAGGUGUGCUUUUCAGUAUCGAGGUAACCACAACGUAUUUCGCCGUGAGGAAUUAUUGGAGAGGGUUCUUCGCGGCUGUUUGUGGGGCAACGAUUUUCCGGUUGUUGGCUGUUUGGUUUGAAGGAGUCGAUACAGUGACGGCUAUGUUUAAAACUAGCUUUACGAUGGAGUUUCCCUUUGAUCCCCAGGAACUGUUCGUAUUCGCUUUGAUAGGGGUCAUAUCCGGUUUCGGCGGAGCUUUUUACGUCUACAUGCACCGCCAAUACGUAAUGUCGAUGAGAAAAAGCAAAACCCUCAACAAUUUCCUCCAAAAGAACCGAUUUUUAUACCCGGGUUUGGUGGCCCUUUUAAUAUCAACCGUUUCGUUUCCUUUGGGACUUGGGCAAUUCAUCGCAGGCGAUCUUACAACCCACGAGCAAGUCUUAAAUUUAUUCAGCAAUUUUACUUGGACCAAUUCGAAUCUAACCGUGGAACAACAAGCAGUUUUGAACCAUUGGAUCACCCCGUAUACAGGAGUUUUUAUUAAUUUAGCCGGAUUUGUUUUAUUUACGUUCAUUUUCUCGAUUAUUGCCUCAACGAUUCCCGUUCCAAGUGGAAGUUUUAUCCCCGUUUUUAAGAUUGGAGCUGGUUUGGGACGAAUCGUUGGGGAAUUUAUGCACGUUUUGUUCCCAUUGGGGAUGCGUUAUGGGGGCAAAUUGGCUCAAAUUUUACCUGGGGGGUACGCAACGGUUGGGGCGGCCGCUUUUUCGGGGGCUGUCACCCAUACAAUCUCAACUUCUGUCAUAGUUUUUGAAAUGACUGGCCAAAUCACCCAUAUUAUCCCCAUGAUGAUCGCCGUUUUAACCUCAAACGCAAUCGCGAGCUUGCUCUUUCCCAGCCUUUACGACAGCAUCAUCUUAAUCAAAAAGCUUCCUUAUCUCCCGGAUUUGCUCCCGAGUAGCAGUGGGAUGUACUCAGUUUACGUCGAAAACUUCAUGAUUCGCGACGUAAAAUAUAUCUCGAAAACGAUGAGUUAUGAGGAGCUUUACACGAUUCUCAAGGUGCACAAGAACUUGCACAGCUUUCCCUUGGUGGAUAGCUCCGAAAACAUGGUGUUGCUCGGCUCGAUUCAACGCCAACAAUUAAUUCUAUUAAUUGAUAAACAAAUUGGGCGAGAAACCCGAUUGCAAGUUGUGGCGGAACGCCGGAGAGAGGCCCAAAUGAAGAAGGAGGAGGAAAUGAGGAAAAUGGCGCAAGAAAGGGAGCGAAGACCGUCGCGGUUCCAAGUCAUUCCCGUGAAAUCCGAGAAUCAAAUUAACAACGAGAAUAUAACACAACCAAGGAAAUCGAUUUUGAAGAAAACUAAUUCGUUCACUUUGAAAGGAUUUUCGCCGUUUUCGACGACUUCGCCUAAUUCGACGCCUUACACAACGGUUACGGGGGCUGAGUCGAGAGUUCGACAAGCUUUUGAAACGAUUUUCAGGAAAUCAUAUCAACUCCAAGACGUCAAAAACAACGACAGCACCAUCCUAGAUAUUGAUGAUAAGCCUCAAAUCGUUCCUAUUAGCCCCACAGGCAAGAAAGUCCAAUUGCCGAAAGAGCGCGUUUGUGAUAUGUCACCCCAAGAUCAAAAAGCAUGGGAAAAGCAACAAUUAAAGCAAAUCGUCGACUUCGGCGCUUGCCAAAUUGAUCCAGCCCCAUUCCAACUCGUUGAAAGAACAUCGUUAUUAAAAGUACACUCAAUCUUCUCAAUGGUGGGUGUAAACCACGCUUACGUCACAGCAAUCGGUCGUUUAGUGGGUGUAGUUGGCCUCAAAGAGUUAAGAAAAGCCAUUGAGGACGUAAACAGCGGUGCUUUGCCUUUGGAGAUGAACGAAAACGAAGUUAUCACAUCGGAUGAUGUUAAAGAUGGCAAAGAUGAAGAACCGAAUGUUACAACGGCUUUAAUGCCGAAAGACUCAAAAGCUUAAUCAUUUUUUCGUUAGUUGAACCUUCCCAGUGAUAUCCACGUGUAUUUAAACGUAAUAAUUCAUAUUUAAACUUAUAGGAUGUAGAUUGAAGUCGUUUUUAUUUUUAAAACGAUUAUUAUCGAUUUUAAAUAUUAGUAAUUAUUUAAAUGAGAAUGUUGUGUAUUGAUAAGGUUCAUAAAGACUCGAAAAGUUGAAUUGAAUUAAAUUUAAAAUGCUUAUUGUGAUCCAAAUUAGGUUGUAAGUUUUAAAAUGUUAUUAUAAAAAAAGUAUUGUUUUAAAGGUAAUUUAAAAAUAAAAUGUAAA